GCCACUAAAGUGACCAAUUUGAUCGGCGGAGCCCUUGCUGGCUCCGGCUCACCGAACAUGCCUCCGCCUUCCUGCCUGUUGGCCCUGCUCACCGCCGGCAACCCGCCGCCGCUCCGUCUUCUCCUUCCGCUCCACGCGCACCUCCUCGUGUCCGGUCUCCCCUCCUCCCUAUCCCCCUUCGCUCCCCGCCUCGUAUCCGCCUUCGCACUCACCGAACUCGCCUCCCCGCGCCCGCUUCUCCACGCUCUCUCCCUCCUCGCAUCCCUCACCUCCCCGCCAGACACCGCGUCCCCCUACAACGCCGCCCUCCGCGCGCUCUCCCUCUGCCCGCACCCGCACCUCCUCGACCGCCACUGCCUCCCGCUCUACCGCGCCCUCCUCCGCUCCGGCUCCGCGCGGCCGGACCACCUCACCUUCCCCUUCCUCCUCAAGGCAUGCGCGCGCUUAAGGGAGCGCUUCUACAGCGGCGGCGCGGUGCUUGCGCACAUUACCCGGCUCGGCUUCAACUCGGACGUCUUCGUGGUGAACGCCGCUAUGCAUUAUUGGUCUGUUUGUGGGUCCAUGGUGAACGCCCGCAGAUUGUUCGAUGAAAGUCCCGUGAGGGAUGUUGUCUCGUGGAACACGCUCAUCGGCGGGUAUGUUCGGAGGGGUCUCCCUGGAGAGGCUCUGGAGUUAUUUUGGAGGAUGGUGGAGGAAGGAACAGUUAGGCCGGAUGAGGUCACGAUGAUUGGAGCCGUAUCAGGCUGCGGGCAGCUGGGUGAUUUGGAACUUGGGAAGAGGCUGCAUGAGUUUGUGGAGUUUAAUGGGGUGAGGUGCACUGUGAGGCUGAUGAAUGCAUUGAUGGAUAUGUAUGUUAAGUGCGGCAGUUUAGAGCUGGCGACGUCGGUGUUUGAAAGGAUGGAUACCAGAACUGUAGUUUCUUGGACAACAAUGAUUGUUGGGCAUGCAAGGCUUGGGACGAUAGAGGAUGCACGGAAGCUGUUUGAUGAGAUGCCCGAAAGGGAUGCAUUCCCAUGGAAUGCUCUGAUGGCCGGUUAUGUACAUAGUAAGCAAGGCAAGGAGGCUAUUGCGUUAUUUCAUGAGAUGCAGGAAGCAAAGGUGGCCCCAGAUGAGAUUACAAUGGUCAAUCUCCUAUCUGCUUGCUCUCAGCUCGGAGCAUUAGAAAUGGGGAUGUGGGCUCACCAUUACAUCGACAGACAUCAGCUUUAUCUUAGUGUUGCUCUUGCCACAUCUCUAGUUGAUAUGUAUGCAAAAUGUGGCAACAUCAAGAAAGCUAUAUGUAUUUUCAAAGAUGUCCCUGAGAAAAAUGCUCUCACUUGGACAGCGAUGAUCUGUGGUCUGGCAAAUCAUGGACACGCAGAUGAGGCUAUAGAGCACUUCCGUAGAAUGAUAGAGCUUGGAUUACAGCCAGAUGAGAUUACAUUCAUUGGGGUUCUCUCUGCAUGUUGUCAUGCUGGUUUGGUUGAAGAAGGUCGGGAAUUUUUCUCACUAAUGGACUCAAAAUAUCACCUUAAGAGGAAAAUGAAACAUUAUUCAUGCAUGAUAGAUUUGUUAGGCAGAGCAGGGCAUUUAAAUGAAGCAGAAAAGCUAGUAAACACCAUGCCUAUGGAUCCUGAUGCUGUAGUUUGGGGCGCUCUAUUUUUUGCUUGUAGGAUGCAUGGUAAUAUCACUCUUGGCGAAAAGGCAGCAAUGAAAUUGGUUGAACUUGAUCCAAGUGAUAGUGGAAUCUAUGUGCUGCUGGCUAAUAUGUAUGCGGAGGCAAACAUGAGGAAGAAAGCUGACAAAGUGAGGGCUAUGAUGAGACAUUUGGGAGUGAAGAAGGUUCCUGGAUGUAGUUGCAUUGAGCUGAAUGGUGUAGUUCAUGAAUUUAUUGUGAAGGAUAAAUCACAUGUUGACACUAAUGCAAUUUAUGAUUGCUUACAUGAGAUCACGCUACAAAUAAGACAUACUGCAAACAUGAUUGACAUUUCAGCUACUGGCAUCAUGUAGGAUUUUUUGGCCUAGAAACUGCUAGCCUAGGUCUGAGAUAUGUUACGCCUGUUGUGUUCCACAACUCAUUCAUCUGACGAAUUGUACCAGCUGGCCAGGCAAUGUACUCAGAGAAGUGGAUUUUCUUAUGCUGAUCAAAAUUUGUGUCACCUCAAGAGCAUUUCUGGUCCUUUUGCAGCUUAACUGAGAUAAUGAUUUUGCAUAUUAAUGAAGAUAGCGAUGUCCAUGACAGAUGCUCAAGGGAGCACAAUUUAUUAGAAGAAUAGUGACAGAAGAGAGUACCAACUUGCUAGCUGUGUGCCUGUAUAUUCAUGAGAUUAAGGGUGUUAGUAUGAAAUUGCCGCCGCAUGGAGCCACGUGCCAGAGUCUCAAAAGGAGUUCUGUUAUUGUCUCCCAAGUACAACAGUUGCCUGCUGUUGGAGGGACGAGUGAAUGAUUCUGCACAAGAUGGUACAAGCAUUGCGGAACUAGCGGCCACUGUGCAAGGUGGAAAAUGAGGAGAAGUACACUUGGGCGAUCACAUGAUAACAAAGAAGAGUUUGCAACCUAUGAUGCUGAUUGGAGGAAACUUGGGGGACGGGCGGAUUACUAGAACUACAUCAACACCGGUUCCAACAUCAUUAGAGUUGGGAGUGUAGAGAGCAGUCUCCAGCGCCAUGUUUGAGUUUUCUCCUUUUUCUGGAAAGUAUGAUCUUGAGUCCUCGUUACCUGCUUGUAGCGGGCGCGCUUAGAAUACGCUAAAGCCUUGAACUUGUAAAUGCUAAAACACUUUGUGUGCUUU